AGGAGAGAUCUUUGAGCUGAAAGCCGAGCUGAACAGCGAUAAGAAGGAGAAGAAGAAGGAGGCUGUGAAGAAGGUCAUUGCCUCCAUGACUGUUGGGAAAGAUGUCAGGUGAGUCCUGUUAGACUAUGUCAGAAACUCAUGGUGAAAAGAGACGCUAUAACAUGGUCCAUUUCCACGCUCAGGUAGCACCGUGUCGUCUCUGAACAUGUGAGAAUGUGGUUAAUAUUCAUUGCCCAUCCUGACUCUGCUCCAGUAUAGAGAUCCUAAAAUUCACUAGUGGCUGAUUUCAUAGACCCUCACCAUUUUAUAUGUAAUUCUAUGACUCCCCCACUCCCCCAGUGCCCUGUUUCCAGAUGUGGUGAACUGCAUGCAGACUGACAACCUGGAGCUGAAGAAGCUGGUCUACCUGUACCUGAUGAACUAUGCCAAGAGCCAGCCCGACAUGGCCAUCAUGGCUGUCAACACCUUCGUCAAGGUAAAGCACAAAACCAGGGCAGGUCCGACAAACAGUACUGAGCUAUUGCUCAAAGUUAAUUUCGUAGACUGUGGUGGCGACAUCUCAAUACUCCUCAGUGUGUGAAAACUAACAUAGAGACUCUCCUCCUCCUUCAGGACUGUGAGGACCCUAACCCCCUGAUCCGGGCCCUGGCUGUGCGUACUAUGGGCUGCAUCCGUGUGGACAAGAUCACUGAGUACCUGUGUGAGCCUCUGAGGAAAUGUCUGAAGGACGAGGACCCCUACGUGAGGAAGACUGCAGCCGUGUGCGUGGCCAAGCUCCAUGACAUCAACGCCCAGCUGGUGGAGGACCAGGGCUUCCUGGACACCCUCAAGGACCUAAUCUCUGACUCCAACCCCAUGGUGAGGCUCCCAUGGCAGGCUGACCAGCCUGCUAGACUACCUGACCUUGGGUUAGACUACUGGCUCUAGGGCUAUAGUCCUACUUUUCACGAAUGGGAGGUUACAUUUACAUUUUAGUCAUUUAGCAUACGCUCUUAUUUAGAGCGACUUGUAGUAGCACUUAAAACACAGUUCAGUUCAUUUCAGUUCACAACAUUUUGAAGUUGGAGGGGGCCAUAAAAAUGAAAGUAGUGCAUAUAUUCAUUACAUUUACAUUUUAGUCAUUUAGCAGACACUCUUAUCCAUAGCAACUAGGAUUAAGUGCCUUGCUCAAGGGCACAUCGACAGAUUUUUCACCUAGUCGGCUCGGGGAUUAGAACCAGUGACCUUUUGGUUACUGGCACAACGCUCUUAACCACUAAGCUACCUGCCGCCCAUUCAUGCCACACAUUUGAGUGAAAUACAGAUUAGUUACAAAUGUCACACUUAAAUGUCACACAGUGGACAUGCAAAGAAGGGGUCGGGCGAUAGUACACCGCGUUCGGCAAAUCCACUGCUGCCCUCCAGCUCACACUGGACCGGCGUUAGUCUGGUGUCUCUCUCAAGCAAGUCUUUGAUGAAUUGUGAUCUCCCCAAUCCACCGCUGCUGCUCCUUGUUGAGCGUUGCCUCCAAGCUCUCGCGGCACUUUCUGAGGCAGGCCUCGGCGACAAGGACAUCGCCCUCUUCUGGUCUUUGCCCCACCGGGGCAAGGAUAGUGAUGAAUUGUGAGCUCCAUAGGUGGCUCCUGGUAAACAGCGUCCGGUCAAUCAGCUGCUGCUUCUUCUUGAGUUGCCCGACGGUUCUCUGGAAUCAGCAGCUCAGGACUUUCUGAGGCAGGUCUUUGUGGCAGGAAGGAUAUCACCCUCUUCUGCUGGUCUUCGCCUCACUAGGGCAAGGACAGAAGCCUGGGGUGGAUACAAGGGGGGGGGCCUCGCUUGGAUCACAGGGGCCUGGGGUAGAUCACCAGAGAUGGAGGCCGGACAUGAGGCAGGAGGGAGUGCUGGAGGGUUUCUGUAACUCUCUCUGUGAUGAAACAAUGGUCAGAUGUGGGGAAAGUGUCAUGGCUGCCAUUAGUUUUUUACCAGAACAAGGGCACUUGUGGUAUCAGAUUUGUAUCGCUGUUUGGCAAUGAAUGACUUUUGUCAUCUCAUUGCAGCCAACUAGGGUAUGUGCUCUUGCAGUCUAACUUACCCACUUUCUCACCCUCUCCUUCUCUUUCAGGUGGUAGCGAAUGCUGUGGCAGCCCUGUCUGAGAUUGCAGAGUCCCACCCCAACAGCAACCUGCUGGACCUGAACCCGCAGUCCAUCAACAAGCUGCUGACUGCCCUCAACGAGUGCACCGAGUGGGGUCAGAUCUUCAUUCUGGACUGCCUGGCCAACUACACCCCUCGCGACGACCGCGAGUCCCAGAGGUCAGAAAGCACUGGAUGCCUCCUAGUUUAUUACAUUGUCUCUGACACACUGAUACUUCCUGUCAGUGUCCACAUCCAUCUGCUGUAUAAGAAGCGUACAUUUCCCCACUCUCUCCUCCCCUCUAUUUGUACUCGUCUCAUCUCUGUCCUCCCCUCCCUCUCUCAUUCUGUAGUAUUUGUGAGCGGGUGACCCCCCGUCUGUCCCAUGCCAACUCUGCGGUAGUGCUUUCGGCGGUCAAGGUGCUGAUGAAGUUCAUGGAGAUGCUUCCUAAGGACCUGGACUAUUAUGGCACCUUGCUGAAGAAGCUGGCCCCACCCCUGGUCACCCUGCUGUCUGCAGAGCCCGAGCUGCAGUAUGUGGCCCUGAGGAACAUCAACCUCAUCGUACAGAAACGGUAGGAGGGCCUGGGAGGGACAGAGCGACUACCAACACAAAUGAGUGUCACAGCUUAAUACAGCUAUUCAGUGUGUGCUGUCCUAAUAGCACUCUAUUCCCUAUAUCAGGGCUUUCCAACCUUGUUCCUGGAGAGCUACCCUCCUGUAGGUUUUCACUCCAACCCUAUUCCUGGAGAGAGACCCUCCUGUAGGUUUUCACUCCAACCCCAGUUGUAACUAACCUGAUUCUGCUUAUCAACCAGCUAAUUAUUAGAAUCAGGUACGCUAGAUUAGUGUUGGAGUUAAAACCUACAGGACGGUAUCUCUCCAGGAACAGGGUUGGAGUUAAAACCUACAGGACGGUAGCUCUCCAGGAACAGGGUUGGAGUUAAAACCUACAGGACGGUAGCUCUCCAGGAACAGGGUUGGAGUUAAAACCUACAGGACGGUAGCUCUCCAGGAACAGGGUUGGAGAGCCCUGCACUAUAUAGUGCGCUACUUCUGACCUGGGCCCUGGUCAAAAGGACUGCAUUAUAUAUGGAAUAGGGUGCCGUUUGGGACGGUGACAGUGUUUCCUCUGCACAUUAAAUAGUUUGGAUGUGUUGGCUGUAUUCUACUAUUUCCACCAUUAUUGAAAUGACAUAUUACUUUUCUAUUGAUAGCAAUCCUACCUGUUUCUCUAUGCAGCCCAGAGAUCCUGAAGCAUGAGAUGAAGGUGUUCUUUGUGAAGUACAACGACCCCAUCUACGUCAAGCUGGAGAAACUGGACAUCAUGAUCCGCCUGGCAUCUCAAGCCAACAUCGCCCAGGUGACCAACACACACACUACUGUUACUAGUGAGAACCUUUAGAAGCCAUUAUUUUGUAUUAUAAGUAACAUUUUGGUAAAUAACAUGGACAAGCAGUAAUGUGAUUCCUAGACAAGAUGAAAGCCAGUAUCAGUGACCCCAUGCUGGUGUUUUUUUUAGGUGCUGGCGGAGCUGAAGGAGUAUGCCACUGAGGUGGAUGUGGACUUUGUGCGGAAGGCAGUCCGAGCCAUCGGCCGCUGUGCCAUCAAAGUGGAGGUGAGGGAGAGGAGAUGUAACACUGUCAUGAUAUACUGUACACAGUUCAUAUACAGUGCAUUCGGAAAGUAUUCAGACCUCUUGACUUUUUCCACAUUUUGUUACGUUACAGCCUUAUUCUAAAAUGGAUUGAAUAAUUUGUUUUACUUAUCAAUCUACACACAAUACCUCAUAAUGACAAAGUGAAAACAGGUUUGCAAUUUUAUUAAAAAAAAAAAAAAAAUGAUACCUUAUUUACAUACGCUACCAGUCAAAAGUUUGGACACACCUACUCAUUCAAGGAUUUUUCUUAAUUUUGUGGUUGGGUUGAGGUCGGGGGAUUGUGGAGGCCUGGUCAUCUGAUGCAGCACUCCAUCACUCUCCUUCUUGGUAAAAUAGCCCUUACACAGCCUGGAGGUGUGUUGGGUCAUUGUUCUGUUGAAAAACAAAUGAUAGUCCCACUAAGCCCAAACCAGAUGGGAUGGCGUAUCGCUGCAGAAUGCUGUGGUAGCUAUUUACAUUUUUAAAUUUUUAGUCAUUUAGCAGACGCUCUUAUCCAGAGCGACUUACAGUUGAGUGCAUACAUUUUUAUUUUUUUCAUGCUGGUUAAAUCACAGACAGUGUCACCAGCAAAGCACCACCACACCAUAACACCACCUCCUCCAUGCUUUACGGUGGGAAAUACACAUGCAGAGAUCAUCUGUUCACCCAUACCGCGUCUCACAAAGACACGGCGGUUGGAACCAAAAAUCUCAAAUUUGGACUCAUCAGACCAAGGACACAUUUCCACCGGUCUGUCCAUUGCUCGUGUUUUUUGGCCCAAGCAGGUCUCUUCUUCUUAUUGGUGUCCUUUAGUAGUGGUUUCUUUGCAGCAAUUCGACCAUGAAGGCCUGAUUCACACAGUCCCCUCUGAGCAGUUGAUGUUGAGAUGUGUCUGUUACUUGAACUCUGUGAAGCAUUUAUUUGGGCUGCAAUUUCUGAGGCUGGUAACUCUAAUGAACUUAUCCUCUGCAGCAGAGGUAACUCUGGGUCUUCCAUUCCUGUGGCGGACCUCAUGAGAGCCAGUUUCAUCAUAGCACUUGAUUGUUUUUGCGACUGCACUUGAAGAAACUUUCAAAGUUCUUGAAAUGUUCCGUAUUGACUGACCUUCAUAUCUUAAAGUAAUGAUGGAAUGUAAUUUCUCUUUGCUUAUUUGAGCUGUUCUUGCCAUAAUAUGGACUUGGUCUUUUACCAAAUAGGGCUAUCUUUUGUAUACCCCCCACCUUGUCACAACACAACUGAUUUGCUCAAACAUUGAAGGUCCCCAAGAACCGUGGCCUCCAUCAUUCUUAAAUGGAAGCAGUUUGGAACCACCAAGACUCUUCCUAGAGCUAGCUUCCUGGGCAAACUGAGAAGGUCCUUGGUCAGGGACGUGACCAAGAACCCUAUGGUCACUCUGACAGAGCACCAGAGUUCCUCUGUGGAGAUGGGAGAACCUUCCAGAAGGACAACAAUCUCUGCAGUACUCCACCAAUCAGGCCAUUAUGGUAGAGUGGCCAGAUUGAAGCCACUCCUCAGUAAAAGGCACAUGACAGCCCGCUUGGAGUUUGCCAAAAGGCACCUAAAGGAUUCUCAGACAAUGAGAAACAAGAUUCUCUGGUCUGAUGAAACCAAGAUUGAACUCUUUGGCCUGAAUGCCACGCGUCACGUCUGGAGGAAACAUGGCACCAUCCCUACGGUGAAGCGUGGUGGCAGCAUCAUGCUGUGGGGAUGUUUUUUAGCGGCAGGGACUGGGAGACUAGUCAGGAUUGAGGGAAAGAUGAACGGAGCAAAGUACAGAGAGAUCCUUGAUUAAAAACCCGCUCCAGAACGCUCAGGACCUCAGACUGGGGUGAAGGUUCACCUUCCAACAGGACAACGACCCUAAGCACAGAGCCAAGACAAUGUAGGAGUGGCUCCGGGACAAGUCUCUGAAUGUCCUUGUGUGGCCCAGCCAGAGCCCGGACUUGAACCCAAUCGAACAUCUCUGGAGAGACCUGAAAAUAGCUGUGCAGCGACGCUCCCCAUCCAACCUGACAGAGGUUGAGAGGAUCUGCAGAGAAGAAUGAGAGAAACUCCCCAAAUACAGGUGUGCCAAGCUUGUAGCGUCAUACCCAAGAAGGUAUGUAUUUUUUAUUUUUAAUGAAUUUGCAAACAUUUCUAAAAACCUGUUUUUGCUUUGUCAUUAUGGGGUAUUGUGUGUAGAUUGAGAUAAAAAUAUAUAUAUAUAUUUAGAAUAAGGCUGUAAUGUAACAAUGUGGAAAAAGUCAAGUGGUCUGAAUACUUUCGACUACACUGUACAUAGUGUUUUAAAGUCCUAAACAGCAAACCCUCACGUUAACCUCUACGGGAUCGGUGUCCCGUAUACGGGAUGGUUGAGCUAACGUGCGCUAAUGUAAUUAGCAUGACUGUUGUAAGUAACAGCAAACUUUCCAGGACAUAGACAUGUCUUUUAUAUGGGCAUAAAGCUUAAAUUCUUGUUAAUCUAACUGCACUGUCCAAUUUACAGUAGCUAUUAGUGACAAAAUUCCAUGCUAUUGUUUGAGGAGAGUGCACAACAACAAAAAAACGUAUCACGGCAACUGGUUUGAUACAUUCACCUCUGAAGGUAAGUAAUGUACUUACAUUCAGUAAUCUUGCUCUGAUUUGUCAUCCUAAGGGUCCCAGAGAUAAAAUGUAGCAUAGUUUUGUUUGAUCAAAUCAAUUUUUAUAUUCAAAUGUAGGAACUGGGUUCUACAGUUUGAACCCCUGCUGUCUCUGGCUCCACACCCACCCCUCCCGGCCAUCUAGAUAUAUGAAAGUUAUUGUAUAAGCUAAUGAUCCAUCAUGUAUGACAUUCCUGGGAGUGUGUAAACUUACAUUUUGCAUUAUCAUGUUUGUAUGUUCUCUAUAGUUAUGUACUUGAAAAUGUAUCAAUUGACCAAUUCAGCACAUUUGGGCAGACAAAAUUGUCCAGUAUUGCAAUGCUUCACUGGAUCAAUCUGAAACUUUGCACACACAUUGCUGCCAUCUAGCGGCCAAAAUCUAAAUUGUGCCUAAACUGCAAUAUUAUAUUGUGGCCUUUCUCUUGCAUUUCAAAGAUGAUGGAACAAAAUAAAUAAAUAGAAAAGCAUGUUUUUUAAUCUUUUACCAGAUCUAAUGUGUUAUAUUGUCCUACAUUUAAUUUCACAUUUCCACAAACUUCAGUGUUUGCUGUCAAAUGGUAUCAAGAAUAUGCAAAUCCUUGUUUCAGGUCCUGAGCUACAGGCAGUUAGAUUUGGGUAUGUCAUUUUAGGGAAAAAUUGAAAAAAAGGUUCCGAUCCUUAAGAGGUUAACUGUAGCGUUUUAAUGCUAGCCUCAUGAAUGUGUGUCAUGAUUUUACUGUGCAGUAUAUAUGUCUGUGAAAGGUUGGGGCUUUUUCAUUCUUGUGAUAACCAAGCCAGAUUACUGUCACCAUUUUUUAAUAUUGAACAUCUGAAUAAUGCAGAUUUGGUAGUGUCUCAGGCCUGCUCUGUGUUUGGCUGACAGCAUCUCUCCUGUCUGUCAGCAAUCAGCGGAGCGCUGUGUGAGCACCCUGCUGGACCUCAUCCAGACCAAGGUCAACUAUGUGGUGCAGGAGGCCAUCGUGGUCAUCAAGGACAUCUUCCGCAAGUACCCAAACAAGUAGGUCACCUGUUCACUUGUUGAUUGUCCCGUCAGGUCCAGGCCUGAUUAUUGCACUGUGAUUGUGUCCCAAAUGGCACCCAAUUCCCUAUAUAGUGCCUUACUUUUGACCCGGGCCCAUAGGGCUCGCUAUCCUUAUAACCCAGUUAGUGUUUGAUUUUCCUAUGAAUGGAUCUUCAAAUCUUUUCACAAUUAUAAGGCAAAAUGAAUGACUUUGAUGGAAGAGGCACUGCGUUUAUCACAAUUUAGUUAAUCAGUGAAGGAGCAUACCCAGGAAGCAAUUACAGAUGUAAAUAGGGUAGUGUUAUUUUUCUGUGGGCAAGAUGUUUACUGGUAAACCAUUCCAACCAUCAAAAUGGAUUGUCUGUCAGAUCUCAACAGCCAUAUCUCAUUAGUGUUUAAGGCAACCAGAAGUAUAGCGAUGGACUAAACCAACCAUGGAUAAUUGUGAUGGAGAUUGAUAUUCAAUGAGUCAUAUAGAGGCUGUAUUACACCUCAGCAGAGCUUGCCAUGCUUGUUAAAAUGGCCUAUGCUCUCUCCUGAUGUCACUUAACACAAGCAUAGCGUACUAGCGCAAGCUAAUGCAUGUGGACUCGCUCAUAUCUGCACCCACACACCCUGGAGGCCUGUCUGUUCCGGCUCACUGCCCCCCAGGCAACAUCUUGGUCUGAAAGAGGCAGGGAGAAAGCUCAUUACCCUGGCAGAGGGUUUUCUGCUUGGCUGUCAUUGUGAAAGGCAAGAAAAUGAGCUUUUGGGCUGAGUGAAGACUCCUCUAAACUCUCUCACACAUUAGAUAUGCAGGGUGUCAGUCCGCAGUGCGUACCGCUGAAACCCUGCCCCUGACAACGCCAAGGCAGCCCCAGUCAGAGCAGAGGACAGGCAGCCAGAGCCUGACCCCUGCUCUAUCAAGGCCCAGUAAGCUGGAUCCAUAUGCCACACAGACAGACCGAAACCGCCUACCCACUUGAAGCCCAGUCAGUGUUGCCCUGCACCUGCUUAACUUACUGGACUGCUGUUUACUGAACAUGACCUCACAGCCACGAGUCACUCAUUGAACCUGCAUUACUCUGUAAUUAAGUUUGUUAGCUGUUGCUGUAUAUUCCUAUAUUUAUGCCAAGAAAUUGAUGUUUACAUGCUGUUUGGUUACUCUUAGCUUGGUCCUUUUAGGUGUUGGAUAGUGAAUCAUUGAAAUGGAUUCUAAAGACAUUGCGUUCCCUCUUUUUUUAGUUUUUUUCAGCAAAAAAUAAUGCAGAAAAUAACAGUUAAUCCAGCAUGACGUUUAGUAAUUGUGCUCUCAAGAGAGCCCACAAAAUAUUUUAUGUGUGGUCAUGUAAAUACAGGGGCACAAAAAUAAAUAACAAAUCCUAUAAUUUGGUGAAGUGAAGAUUCCGAGGCUGUCAAAUGUUUAUUUGUCUCUGCAACAGCAUGAACAGAAUCUAUUGCCAUGCCCUCGGCUUGUAUUACUGCUCCAGCACAUCCUGUUCAGAUGCUGUGUUGGCAUUUAUGCAAAUACCAUUCUCAAGGGGAAUGCUGCAGAGUCAAUAACAUUUUAUAUACAACUGACAACAGUUGAUAAAAUGUUGAUUUUAAAUAUGGUAAUACCAAAAAAAGACUGCAAACCAAUUUCUCAUUUGAAAAAGUUUUCCGUCUGUGUGUAGACAAUGACUUGGUAUUGAGUCAUUAGUUCCUAACCGUGGUCUGUUCCCAGGUAUGAGAGUGUGAUCGCCACGCUGUGUGAGAACCUGGACUCCCUGGAUGAGCCUGAGGCGCGUGCAGCCAUGAUCUGGAUCGUAGGAGAGUACGCUGAGAGGAUCGACAACGCUGACGAACUGCUGGAGAGCUUCCUGGAGGGCUUCCACGACGAAAGCACCCAGGUCUGACUCACUCACACAUGGGCUGUGUCCCAAAUAGCACUACAUUCCCUAUACAGUGCAUUCGGAAAGUAUUCAGACACCUUGACUUUUUCCACAGUUUGUUACGUUACAGCCUUAUUCUAAAAUUGAUGCAAUUAUUUUUUUCCCUCGUCAAUCUACACACAUACUCCAUAAUGACAAAGCAACAACAGGUUUUUAGAAAUGUUUGCAAAUUUAUAAAAAAUAAAAAACCAAUACCUUAUUUACAUAAGUAUUCAGACCCUUUGCUAUGAGACUCAAUUGAGCUCGGGUGCAUCCUGUUUCCAUUGAUCAUCCUUGAGAUGUUUCUACAACUUGAUUUGGAGUCCACCUGUGUUAAAUUAAAUUGAUUGGACAUGAUUUGGAAAGGCACACACCUGUCUAUAUAAGGUCCCACAGUUGACAGUGCAUAUCAGAGCAAAAACCAAGCCAUGAGGUCGAAGGAAUUGUCCGUAGAGCUCCGAGACAGGAUUGUGUCGAGGUACAGAUCUGGGGAAGGGUACCACCCGGCCAAACUGAGCAUUCAGGGGAGAAGGGCCUUAGUCAGGGAGGUGACCAAUAACCCAAUGGUCACUCUGACAGAGCUCCAGAGUUCCUCUGUGGAGAUGGGAGAACCUUCCAGAAGGACAACUAUCUCUGCAGCACUCCACCAAUCAGGCCUUUUAUGGUAGUGGCCAGAUGGAAGCCACUCUUCCGUAAAAGGCAAAUGACAGUCCGCUUGGAGUUUGCCAAAAGGCACCUAAAGACUCUCAGACCAUGAGAAGCAGAUUCUCUGGUCUGAUGAAACCAAGAUUGAACUAUUUGGCCUGAAUGCCUAGCGUCACGUCUGGAGGAAACCUGGCACCAUCCCUACGAUGAAGCAUGGUGGUGGCAGCUACAUGCUGUGGGGAUGUUUUUCAGCGGCAGGGACUGGGAGACUAGUCAGGAUUGAGGGAAAGAUGAACGGAGCAAAGUACAGAGAAAUCCUUGAUGAAAUCCUGCUCCAGAGCGCUCAGGACCUCAGACCGGGGUGAAGGUUCACCUUCCAACAGGACAAUGACCCUAAGCACACAGCCAAGACAAUGCAGGAGUUGCUUCAGGACAAGUCUCUGAGAGGCCCAGCCAGAGCCUGGACUUGAACCCCAUCAAACAUCUCUGGAGAGACCUGAAAAUAGCUGUGCAGCGACACUCCCUUUCCAACCUGACAGAGCUUGAGAGGAUCUGCAGAGAAGAAUGGGAGAAACUCCCCAAAUACAGGUGUGCCAAGCUUGUAGCGUCAUACCCAAAAAGACUCAAGGCUAUAAUCGCUGCGAAAGGUGCUUCAAGAAAGUACUGAGUAAAGGGUCUGAAUAUGUUUUUUUAAAAAUAGAUUUGCAAAACAUUUAUGUGGUAUUGUGUGUAGAUUGAUGAAAAUAAUUAAUUUAAUUUAGAAUAAGGCUGUAACGUAGCAAAAUGUGGAGAAGGGGUCUGAAUACUUUCCGAAUGCACGGUCUAGUGCACUAUUAGCCCUGGUCCAAAGUAGUGCACUACAUAGGGAAUAGGGUGCCAUUUGGGACGCAUACAAUAUGCCAUUUACUGGUCACUCUCUAAACAGGCUUCAAUGGAACCAUUCUGUGCAUACUGGGAGUUAUUGGAGGGGACUGCAUUUAGUAUCCAAUAGCAAGAGAGAGUAGGCCUAUACUUGACUGGCUGUCUUUGAAAAAGAGGGGCCGCUGUACUCUCAUAGGAUAACUGUUGUUUUAGCUCUCAAGAGAGGCAGCAACAGCAGGUCUGUGAAGAUGCUGACUGGUUGGUUAUGGCACGCUUAAAGGCACUCCUUGUGAAAAACUGAAGACUUGUGGAGAGACAUUUAAGUGCCUAGUCUUAGUUUCCUAAAAAUGUAAUAUUCUAACCAGAGUCUCUCGAUAAUAAUGGAAAAAACAUGACACUUUCUCAUUGGAGCAGUUGGUAUUCAUUUCCAUAUCCUCCUCCUCAGUGGAUCCAUGUAUACAGAGUAGUCUUCAGUCCAGAGUAGUCUGGUUGGGUAUUAGCUCAGCCUGUUUGGAAACCACAGGCUAAGCCAUAACCUCCCGAGUGGCGCAGUGGUCUAAGGUAGCUGUGCCACUAGAGAUCCUGGUUCGAAUCCAGGCUCUGUCGUAGCCGGCCGUGACCGGGAGACCCAUGGGGCGGCGCACAAUUGGCCCAGCGUCGUCUAGGGUAGGGGAGGGAAUGGCCGGCAGGGAUGUAGCUCAGUUGGUAGAGCAUGGCUUUUGCAACGCCAGGGUUGUGGGUUCGAUUCCCACGGGGGUAUGAAAAAUAGUAUGAAAAAUAAAAAAAUAAUGUAUGCACUCACUAACUGUAAGUCGCUCUGGAUAAGAGCGUCUGCUAAAUGACUAAAAUGUAAUUGAUUAAUUCCGCUCCAUUUUAGGAGUAAAGAUAUAGACAUAGUAUUGAUGCGUUAGCGAGAGAUAUUUGUUCAGGCUGUUGAGUUGUAAUUUUUUCAGUAUAAAAUGCUACAUGCCAAACAUACCAAAUGUGUGCACAGUAGAGUUCAUUUUUAGUAAGAAGCGUUUUGUAAGUUGUAUAAAUGUUGUUUAGUACAUAGUGCUUUUCUGUACUGUAUGUAUGUAGCUAAAAGCUGAGUUGGUGUGAGUAGUAUGUAUGAGUGAGUUAUAGCUGGUUUCGUCUGCUCUUGGUUCCCAGGUGCAACUGCAGCUGCUGACAGCCAUAGUGAAGCUGUUCCUGAAGAAACCCACCGAGACCCAGGAGCUGGUGCAGCAGGUGCUGAGCCUGGCCACACAGGUGAGUGCCCCAGGACACACACACACACACACACACACACACACACACACACAGUCAACAGCAGGGAUCCUGUCAGCCACAGUCUCACACUAAUGCUCCUUAUGCCAGGGCCUUCAGGCCAUAUCAGUUGUCACUCCAACUGCCCAAUAGAAGAACAGAAACCAGAUUGUCUUGACUUUGAAUUCCCCGAAGUAAGUUGGAGAGAUGGGAGAUGUAUAGUCCAGUCUUUCAACAACUAGGCUACCCCUGUCUCCAGAAAGUCUGGAACACCUUCAAGUGUUAUCCUAAAUAUGCCAAGCAACACAACAGGAAAAAGGGAAGGUUGUGUUCUGCUCAAAGGCAGAUGGGAACAACCCAGUUUAAAUGUGGGCUGUGAUCUUGGUGGGGUAGUCUAAAUGCUUGUAGGUAUUUAUUGGUCUAAUUACUAUGGGAUGUCCUUGACUAACCUGACAACAAGGGCACAUUUUAUUUACUGUGCUUCCUGUGGCUGUCACUUUGCCAGCACUGAUGUAAUUCACUCCUUAAAUAACCAGCCUGCUGGGAAGCUAUUGAAACAGCUACUUUUAUUUGGGUUUCUCCCCCUCCCACAAAUGGAAUUGACGCAUUCACCUGGCAUCUGCUUAAGGAUGGUGCCUAGCCAUUCCAGCACUGCUGAAGCCACAUGAUUGAUGAAGUGGGAUACUCAUAUUGAAAUGUGUCAAGUUGACAGCCAGUGUGAUAGCGUCAGCAUAAACGGUACCCUGCCAUUUCUGAGACUGAGUGUCCAUGAGUUUGAGUGAUGCAUUAGAUGAAGAACAGCUCUAUUUGUGUAUUGGACCCGUUUUUAUAUAUUGGGUGUUAUUAGUGUGUCUGUUUUGCAGUGUUUUAUGUGGAGUUAAUCACCCUCCACAGACUCUCCUCAGACUGUGGGAGUUGUCAUUAACUUUGGAGCUUAGUGCCAGGGGAGUUUCAACACUGCCAGGAAGCUGCCAGGACCAAACAUAUUAAAUAUAUUCCCAAUGUUCUUGUUUUUAUGUCCUUGUUCCUCGUGUCUUACUUCUAAGCCUUGCUGACACUGUUCAAAUCUUCACUAGGAUUGUCCUAUUAUUGACUGAGUAGAUUAUUCUAGCUAUACCACUCAGGGAACUGAACCUAACCUAACUCUUAUUUGCUUAGUAUCUGACAUGACAUAAGUGAGAAGAACAGACUGAGAGGCAGAGAGUGGAGGCUGUGACGCAGUUAGUAUUUAUUAUGCACAACAUCAGUCAUCCUCUCAAUCUCUUGUGUGCAGGACUCUGACAACCCGGACCUGCGAGACCGUGGCUACAUCUACUGGCGUCUGCUCUCCACUGACCCUGUGGCUGCCAAGGAGGUGGUGCUGGCCGAGAAGCCUCUGAUCUCGGAGGAGACGGACCUGAUUGAACCCACCCUGCUGGAGGAGCUCAUCUGCCACAUCGGCACGCUGGCGUCCGUCUACCACAAGCCUCCCAGCGCCUUCGUGGAGGGCAGCCGCGGCGUGAUGCACAAGAGGCUCCCCGCCCGCACUGGAUCGUGAGUCACUCAUACACACUCACUCAUAGGGCCCACUUCAGUUUCCCUGACUAAACACCUUAUUUGUGCCGGAGUAAUUCCCCUAAAUAGUGGUAUUUACGCCUAAAUAAUUCCUAUUUAUUAUCUAGAGUAAACCCAGUCUUUACUUUGUGUAAAGCAUACCUUACUGUAUACUGGCUUAAGCCACGUUCGAUGAGUCAGAGACAGAUCUCACGAGGCUGUGUUCCCAGCAGACAUGAAGUGCAACACAUUGCACAGAGCUGAUUAAAUUACAUCUUAAUGCCAUUUAAUUGUUGUUAUUUUCAUUGCAUUUAAGAGGUGCCAGUGGUGUUCCCUCAAAUAACUUUAGGACCAAUUUUAAGCAGGGUUGGCUUGUUGGUUUAUUGAAUCAAGAGUUCCAGAUAAUUUAGCUAGGCUGGGACUAGGCUUAUAUUUAACAUUUUAGCACAAAACAUUGCGUUUAGGAAUUCAAACCAGGUUAAACAAGUGAAGUUCUUAAAUGCCCCUUUUAUUGUGGUGAAUCUUAGCAGUUGUUUCUAACUCCCUCUGUCCUUGUCUCUCCAUCUCCCAGAGGAGAGGGUACGGAGAGCCCAGACGUGGUCAAUGCUGCUGCGGGCUCUGCCCCUGAGGCUGCUCCCUCAAUCAUCCCCUCCCAGGGGGACCUCUUGGGGGACCUGCUCAACCUUGACCUGGCACCCUCCACCAACACUGUCCCCCCACCCACCACCUCCGGCAUGCAGAUGGGGGGCAUGGAUUUCCUGGGUGGAGGUCUGGACAGCCUGGUAGGUACCUCACUGUAGGCUGCUGUGCUGCUACCCCUGGUCAACCAGUGAACAUUGUCUGGGUCAAAUGGUCUCUGCAAACAGUCAUUUUCUUCUUUCUUUUUGACUUGAGUGUUUUCCUCUCUUUUAUGCAACACCUGCAGAUGGACGAGUCUGAACCGGUAACUAAAGUACAUGGAGGGAGAGGGCAUAGCUAUAGAGUAUCACAUCACAUCAUCAUUAGUUAGAUGUAAUAGCUAGGCUUAGGCAGUAUCCAGAUUUUCAUAUUGUCAUACCAUCCUUCUCUCAUACUGGGAUUUACGGUAGUACCGGCAGAGCACACAAGGGAGCGCUAAAAACGCAAGAAAAGCCCAUUGGGUGUCUGUUACAGAAUGCUAACAACAUUUGCACAAACUAAUAGUGAAAUCACAUAGAUGCUGUUACCUAAAUGCUACCGAGCAAAAACGAACAAACUGAUUGCAAAGACACGCAAAUCCAGAACAUAAAGUUAUACACGCAUAGCUAUUAGCUACAGAAUUUCAUUUUGGUGAGUGUGGACAUUUACAAGUGAACGAGAGAAAUUGUGCAAAUUAACGAAGUUGUGAAUCAUGCUUUUCUGAAGGAAGAGCAGCAUGUAUACACUGAGCAGAUGGGAGAAGAACGGCAGAGAGAAAAAACGCUGGUAGGAAGCACAGGGAAAAUAUGGCAGCUGUACAGAACUCAUCCAGAGCUCUUUGACUUCUGGCAGAAAGCCAUUAUAAGAUAACUGAUGGCAAACAUUUAGUAGUGAAUUGCAUACAAGUGUAACUUCAUCACCUCAUGUGCGUCGCACAACAGAGACUGGCCGACAGAUAUAGAACGCUAUGGACUCACCAGCUCCCUUUCUCCCGUUAUGCCAUUUACAAAUAAACACGUGACUGGCUCAAAUGUUCUGGGGAACUACGGUAAGCUUCAUCAUUUAAAAUAAGGUGAAAGGUGAAAUGAAAAACGCAAUCUGCUUUAUCUCCUAAGGUAUUGCACAAGUUGACUGCAGGUAACAACAUAAAACGUAGCUACAAAUAUUAAAAUUGAUUGGAAAAAACUUGACACUAAUGAAAAAAUAUCCUAUGACUUUUCCAAAUACCCCGGGAUACAGUAUACCACCCAAGCCUAGUAGUAACGCACUAUCAUUGCUGUAUCUGCAAGUGUAUAUACUAUCAAACUGUGUGCUGUGUUCACCUCUUCAAUAUUCUUUCUCUGUGCUUAAUGUAUCCUGAUUGUUACAUGUCAAUGAAUACAUCUAACAUGACAACCCUACUGUAUUCAUCCUCCCACCAGCCACACGUUCCCACACGGACGGACACUCCACAGUCUCCGUCACCUCAGCCCCCGUCGCCAGUGUACACCCACACUGACUACACCUACACUGACUACAGUCACACUGACAGCCCCCCUGACCACAGCUCUACUGAAUACAGCCCCCCUGCUGAGGUUGGUUGAGGGGCAUCAGUAGAGGCUCUUAAACAGACUAGACUAGAGUCCCCCUAUGGUACCCUGUGCUCUACUGUGACCUCAUCAUCUCUAGCUGCAGUGUCACUGUCUGUUGUACUAGAUCAGAGAUGUUUCACAUCGUCUCGACAUGUUUCUUUAGUUCCUUCUAGGUUUAUUUCAGGCCUCAGACCUUUGUAGGUCCUCUUGUUGUUUGUUGUUCCAAAAGCCCUUACUUACUGUGUAGCUAGCUAGCUGUAUUCUGUAUUCAUUUGCACUGAUCUCUUCAUGAAAUGUUUUUUAGUAUGAUGUAUUCCAAUACCGAAUUCUCUGUGUAACCACCUAACUGACCACUGUGCUGGCAAACAGUUGGCAUUUACAGUUUUGGAGGUAUCUGAAUGAACCUGAAAACAUGACGCUCAUCCUGCGCUCUUCGACCUCCAUCACCCUCCAGUAGCUCUCAUCAUAGAUAUAGAAGACUGUUAUAUUGUCUAUGAUCUCACCUUCCCCAGUCUAAACCAUGCUUUUCAUAUGUCAUGGAACAUGGUUAUCUUAGCAACCCCUCAUCACACACACACCCACCUCCCUUCCUCAGUCUUCCUCUAGCAUCUCACUCAACCUGCUGGAAAUAAGGUGUAACAUUCUAAUAAUGUAUAAACUGAACUCCUCUCUUUCUUCCCUCAGCUUGGAGGAGAUAUUGUUGGGAGUCCUGCGGUAAGCUUUACCGGUUGCCUGGUUGUUUAAACAUUUGUUUUGAAAAAUAAUAUUUCAGUGCAGUUUUUGGAUGUUCAGUUCUUGUUUAACAUGGUCUCUCAUCCAAAGAUGGGGGCUGGUUUUGGCGUGGCUCCCGCUGUGAUGCCAGCCUCUCUAAACGCCCCUGUGGGAGGCGGCCUAGGAGAUCUGUUUGACCUCGGAGGUGGGGUUGGCAUGCCGAUGGGAGCAUACAUUCCUCCCAAGACAGUGAGUCUCCAUAGACUAUGGUAGUACACUUAAUAUAAUAUUGAUACUAUUUUGUUAUGUUACAGCCUUAUUCUAAAAUUGAUUAAAUUAUUAUUUUUUCCUCAUCAAUCUACACACAAUGCCCCAUAAUGACAAAGCGAAAAAAACAGAAAUACCUUAUUUACAUACAGUGAGGGGAAAAAAGUAUUUGAUCCCCUGCUGAUUUUGUACGUUUGCCCACUGACAGACAUGAUCAGUCUAUAAUUUUAAUGGUAGGUUUAUUUGAACAGUGAGAUACAGAAUAACAACAACAAAAUCCAGAAAAACACAUGUCAAAAAUGUUAUCAAUUGAUUUGCAUUUUAAUGAGGGAAAUAAGUAUUUGACCCCUCUGCAAAACGUGACUUAGUACUUGGUGGCAAAACCCUUGUUGGCAAUCAGAGGUCAGACGUUUCUUGUAGUUGGCCACCAGGUUUGCACACAUCUCAGGAGGGAUUUUGUCCCACUCCUCUUUGCAGAUCUUCUCCAAGUCAUUAAGGUUUCGAGGCUGACGUUUGGCAACUCGAACCUUCAGCUCCCUCCACAGAUUUUCUAUGGGAUUAAGGUCUGGAGACUGGCUAGGCCACUCCAGGACCUUAAUGUGCUUCUUCUUGAGCCACUCCUUUGUUGCCUUGGCCGUGUGUUUUGGGUCAUUGUCAUGCUGGAAUACCCAUCCACGACCCAUUUUCAAUGCCCUGGCUGAGGGAAGGAGGUUCUCACCCAAGAUUUGACGGUACAUGGCCCCGUCCAUCGUCCCUUUGAUGCGGUGAAGUUGUCCUGUCCCCUUAGCAGAAAAACGCCCCCAAAGCAUAAUGUUUCCACCUCCAUGUUUGACGGUGUGUAUGGUGUUCUUGGGGUCAUAGGCAGCAUUCCUCCUCCUCCAAACAUGUUGAGUUGAUGCCAAAGAGCUCCAUUUUGGUCUCAUCUGACCACAACACUUUCACCCAGUUCUCCUCUGAAUCAUUCAGAUGUUCAUUGGCAAACUUCAGACGGGCCUGUAUAUGUGAUUUCUUGAGCAGGGGGACCUUGCGGGCGCUGCAGGAUUUCAGUCCUUCAUGGCGUAGUGUGUUACCAAUUGUUUUCUUGGUAACUAUUGUCCCAGCUGCCUUGAGAUCAUUGACAAGAUCCUCCCGCGUAGUUCUGGGCUGAUUCCUCACUGUUCUCAUGAUCAUUGCAACUCCACGAGGUGAGAUCUUGCAUGGAGCCCCAGGCCGAGGGAGAUUGACAGUUAUUUUGUGUUUCUUCCAUUUGCGAAUAAUCGCACCAACUGUUGUCACCUUCUCACCAAGCUGCUUGGCGAUGGUCUUGUAGCCCAUUCCAGCCUUGUGUAGGUCUACAAUCUUGUCCCUGACAUCCUUGGAGAGCUCUUUGGUCUUGGCCAUGGUGGAGAGUUUGGAAUCUGAUUGAUUGCUUCUGUGGACAGGUGUCUUUUAUACAGGUAACAAGCUGAGAUUAGGAGCACUCCCUUUAAGAGUGUGCUCCUAAUCUCAGCUCGUUACCUGUAUAAAAGACACCUGGGAGCCAGAAAUCUUUCUGAUUGAGAGGGGGUCAAAUACUUAGUUCCCUCACUGUAAGUAUUCAGACCCUUUGCUGUGAGACUCAAUUGAUCUCCGGUGCAUCCUGUUUCCAUGGAUCAUCCUUGAGAUGUUUCUACAACUUGAUUGGAGUCCACCUGUGGGGAAUUCAGUUGUUUGGACAUGAUUUGGAAAGGCACAGACCUGUCUAUAUAAGGUCCCACAGUUGACAGUGCAUGUCAGAGCAAAAACCAAGCCAUGAGGUCGAAGGAAUUGUCCGUAGAGCUCCGAGACAGGAUUGUGUCGAGGCACAGAUCUGGGGAAGGGUACCAAAACAUGUAUGUAGCAUUGAAGGUCCCCAAGAACACAGUGGCCUCCAUCAUUCUUAAAUGGAAGAUGUUUGGACCCACCAAGACUCUUCCUAGAGCUGGCUGCCCGGCCAAACUGAGCAAUCGGGAUAGAAGGGCCUUGGUCAGGGAAGUGGCCAGACGGAAGCCACUCCUCAGUAAAAGGUACAUGACAGCCCGCUUGGAGUUUGCCAAAAGGCACCUAAAGUACUCUCAGACCAUGAUAAACAAAAUUCUCUGGUCUGAUGAAACUAAGAUUGAACUCUUUGGCCUGAAUGCCAAGUGUCACAUCUGGAGGAAACCUGGCACCAUCCCCCAACUUCUAACAGGACAACGACCCUAAGCACACAGCCAAGACAUCGCAGGAGUGGCUUUGGGACAAGUCUCUGAAUGUCCUUGUGUGGCCCAGCGAGAGCCCGGACUUGAACCCUAUCGAACAUCUCUGGAGGGACCUGAAAAUAGCUGUGCAGCGAUGCUCCCCAUCCAACCUGACAGAGCUUGAGAGGAUCUGCAGAGAAGAAUGAGAGAAACUCCCCAAAUACAGGUGUGCCAAGCUUGUAGCGUCAUACCCAAGAAGACUUGAGGCUGUAAUCGCUGCCAAAGGUGCUUCAACAAGUACUGAGUAUAGGGGUCUGAUGCAGCACUCAUCACUCUCCUUCUUGGUCAAAUAGCCCUUACACAGACUGGACGUGUGUUGGGUCAUUUGUCCUGUUGAAAAACAAAUUAUAGUCCCACUAAGCACAAACCAGAUGGGAUGGCGUAUCGCUGCAGAAUGCACACAUGCGGAGAACAUCCAUUUACCUUCUCUGUGUCUCACAAAGACACGGCGGAUGGAACCAAAAAUCUCAAAUUUGGACUCAUCAGACCAAGGACAGAUUUCCACUGGUCUAAUGUCCAUUGCUCGUGUUUCUUGGCCCAAGCAAGUCUCUUCUUAUUAUUGGUGUCCUUUAGUAGUGGUUUCUUUGCAGCAAUUCGACCAUGAAGGCCUGAUUCACGCAGUCUCCUCUGAACAGUUGAUGUUGAGAUGUCUGUUCUUGAACUCUGAAGCAUUUAUUUGGGCUGCAAUUUCUGAGGCUGGUAACUCUAAUGAAAUUAUCCUCUGCAGCAGAGGUAACUCUGGGUCUUCCUUUCCUGUGGUGGUCCUCAUGAGAGCCAGUUUCAUCAUCAGCGCUUGAUGGUUUUUGCGACUGCACUUGAAGAAACUUUCAAAGUUCUUGGAAUGUUCCGUAUUGACUGAUCUUCAUGUCUUAAAGUAAUGAUGGACUGUCGUUUCUCUUUGCUUAUUUGAGCUGUUCUUGCCAUAAUAUGGACUUGGUCUUUUGCCAAAUAGGACUAUCUUCUGUAUACCACCCCUACCUUGUCACAACACAACUGAUUGGCUCAAACGCAUUAAGAAGGAAAGAAAUUCCACAAAUUAACUUUUAAGAAGGCACACCUGUUAAUUGAAAUGCAUUCCAGGUGACUACGUCAUGAAGCUGGUUGAGAGAAUGCCAAGAGUGUGCAAAGCUGUCAUCAAGGCAAAGGGUGGCUACUUUGAAGAAUCUCAAAUAUAAUAUAUAUUUGGAUUUGUUAAACACUUUUUGGUUACAACAUGAUUCCAUGUGUUAUUUCAUAGAAAAUAGUAAAAAUAUAGAAAAACCCUUGAAUGAGUAGGUGUGUCCAAACUUUUGACUGGUACUGUAUGUAAAUGUGAUAUUUCAGUAUAAAAAAGAUACAUUUGCUAAAAAUUCUUAACCUGUUUUUGCUUGUCGUUAUGGGGUAUUGUGUGUAGAUUGAGGGGGGGAAAAAACUAUUUAAUCAAUUUUAGAAUAAGGCUGUAAUGUAACAAAAUGUGGAAAAAAUCUACGAGUCUGAAUACUUUCCGAAUGGACUGUAUGUUCCUAGAUGAUCAUGCUGAAGACACUCCUCCUCGCCUGCCCGGGCCUUCAGUUGCUCGGCACCCAGGCUCUGGAAUGCACUCCCCCCAUACAUACAUACAUACAUACAUACAUACAUACAUACAUACAUACAUACAUACAUGCAGAUACAGUCAUCUCAUUAAAUAACCUCCUGAAAACACACCUCUUCAAGGAUGCCUAUGGUCUAUGAUUGACUCUGUCCUACCCCCUUCUGUGCCCUCCCAGUAUCCCUUUGUGUCCCACCCAACCUAAACCUUACCCUAAACCAUGUUCGUAUCCUCUACCCAACCGUUCCCUCCUCUUUUUACCUGUCCUGUUUCGUGUUGUCCUUUGAUGUAAAAUUGCACUUUGAUGCACUUGAUUUUAUGAUCUAAUAUACUGCUCCUGAUUUUAUGUAGGUCUACUGUUAAUGUGAGAUUUAAUUGGGUGCCUUGAAAGGUGUCUGACAAAUAAAAUAUAUUAUUAUUAUUUAUUACAAGCUGUAGAGACAUUCCCCUUAUGGUAUCCUCUAUCCUUAGGUGUGGCUCCCAGCCAUGAAGGCUAAAGGUCUGGAGAUCUCUGGGACCUUCGCCCGGCGUGCUGGAGUCAUCCAGAUGGAGCUGGUCCUCACCAACAAGGCCAUGAGCGUCAUGACUGACUUCGCCAUCCAAUUCAACAGGAACAGGUGAGAGGAACAUCAGUCACAGUCUAUAUGACUGUCAUAAGGAAACCAUCUCUGGUGUGAAUGUGAUUUUUUUUUUUCUAGUUCUGACUGGGACUCUUCUCUCUCUAGUUUUGGACUGGCCCCUGCCGGCCCUCUCCAGGUCCUCACCCCUCUCGGCCCAAACCAGACCAUUGAAGUCAGCCUCCCCCUCAGCACUGUCGGGCCAGUCAUGAAGAUGGACCCUCUCAACAACCUGCAGGUAACUUUCCCACAACGUUAGUUGUACAGGAUGUUUCAGGAGACUAGGUUGCUGCCGACUAGGGUUGAAUAGCGGGAACCGGGUUACCGAGAUAUCCCACCCAAACCCACUCCCUUUUCCUGGGAUAAAUAACUGCAAGAAACCUGUAAAUUAUAAUAAAUUAUUUAGAUGAACAGCAUGAUGUGAAAUGGCACUGUUAAAUUAUAUGUGAUGUCUAAAUCUGGCUUCUCAACGGCCUACUCUCUGCUAUCUGCAUGAUCAAUCAUCGAUGCUCAUGGUGAGUGCAGUUCAUGGUAACUUUUGUUCUUCUGAAAGGUAGGACUACAUUUGCUGCAGCAUAGCCUAUGCUACAAUAAUAUAAUGACUGAAUGCGUGUGUAAUUUACACGUCUUCAUCUGGCUUUCAGGGGUCACCUUUAUUCUUUCAUUGUAAAGAGUUUUAAAACGAGCCUAUCACUCGAAUAUCGUUGCUUUAAAUCAGCGCGCACGCAAGCACUCUCUCGCAGUCUUUCUGUCUCCAUCAAUUCCAUUCAAAUUAGAUUGGCCUAAUCCUGGUCAAGAUUGAGAUGCACUGAGUGUACAAAACAUCCUGCUCUUUCCAUGACUAAAGCCCUAUUCACACGGGACUAGUAUUACUAUAGAACGUAGGUGAUGUAAUUACUACCCCAGCAUGUCCGUUUUUCCAGUGGACGAUUCGGAUGGGGUUAGCUUUACCAAACUGCCCUAGUAAUUAUUUGUUUUCCUCAUUCAAAAUGGACGAUUAUGACGGAAGCCUGGAGGCUCUUCUAGGCGUGAAGAUGUUUUAAAUGUCUAGGGAUAGUCUAAUAUUGUCCUAAUGGCCUUCAGUUCUGAGAAAGUCAAAAUAAUAAUGCAUAUCAAUAACAACCAUGAACUGUAACCUGCACACAUUGAAUUAACUGACGUAUUUGGCGAAAGAGAAAUGGGCACUUGGAAAGUUGAUAUGUGACAAAACAGAUCCAUUUGUAGGCUAUGUGCAUAGCACUUUUGUUUUAAGCAUAAAUUUGUUCCCAUGUUCUUACCCAAACUGGGUGCAGCACCUGUUUUAAACUCUGUAAUAUCCUUCAAAACACAGGGAUGACGAUUCGCACAGGAUAUAUAUGGGAUAAUAACCUUCCUGCCAAGUAAGAAUUACUGACAUGGAAGAUUCGGACGGGACUAAAAUUACGGAUGUGGUGAUUUGUGCUCAUGCACAUAAUUACAUUACCUGAGCUCCCCCAGUAAAACCUAUCCCGUCCAAAUAGGGCUAUAGACUGACCAGGUGAAUCCAGAUGAAAGCUAUGAUCUCUUAUUGAUGUCACUUGUUAAAUCCACUUCAAUCAGUGUAGAUGAAGGGGAGGAGACAGGUUAAAGAAGGAUUUUUAAGCCUUGAGAUGGAAUGUGUAUGUGUGCCAUUCAGAGGUUGAAUGGGCAAGACAAAAUAUUUAAGUGCCUUUGAACAGGGUAUGGUAGUAGGUGCCAGGUGCACCGGUCUGAGUGUGUAAAAAACUGCAACGCUGCUGGGUUUUUCAUACUUAACAGUUUCCCUUGUGUAUCAAGAAUGGUCUACCACCCAAAGGACAUCCAGCCAACUUGACAUAACUGUGGGAAGCAUUUGAGUCAACAUGGUCCAUCAUCCCUGUGGAACGCUUGUAGAGUCCAUGCCCUGACGAAUUGAGGCUGUUCUGAGGGCAAAAGGGGGUACAACUUAAUAUUAGGAAGGUGUUACUAAUGUUUUGUACACUCCCUGUGUAUAUAUAGAUGUCCUGGCCUACCUCUUUCAGGUAAUACAUUCAAUGCAUUAUUAGCCUUAAAUUUAGCUAGUGAAUGAUGGGUUAUGCAUAAGCUUCUAAAUUAUAGCCUCUGACUCUUGCGCAAUACGCACCUCCGCUCUGUUGCCCUGUCUACUUAAAAAAACGCUACUUAGCUCUUGGAGUCCCAGGAAAAGCUAUACUAGAAUAGCUUGCUGGACAUUUUUAUUUUUAGCAUUUCUUAUACUAAUAGACUAUUCAAAGAGGGAUGCAAGCUCUUGUUUGCUGAAUGUUAAAUACAUCAGCCAAUAGAACUUUAAAGAAGAGAACGUGCGAUGGCGGUAGGCUAUAGCAGUUAAUUAUUCAGACUGGGGCUGUCCCCGACGUCGACCAAGAGUCGUCUGAUAUUUCGGCCAAUCGAUUGGUCAAUGUUUAAACUUGUAUUUUUCCAUAUAGACACAUCCUAUAUGUUUUUUUUUAAUCAAAUCAACUAUAUGCACUGAGCUUGUCUGAUGCUUUAAGUGAACUGUUUGAUGAAAUAAUUAAGACACACAAAUGGCUAGAGGGAGUCUAACCACAAUUUAUUUGAUUGUGCUGGGCCUGGCUCAGACUUGCUGCGCUGUGUUAAAAAAAAACUGUGAAUGACUGUGUGAAUAGCACACGUUGUCCCUCUCCUCCCUGCUGCAGCGACCACCACAGAACAUCAACAGUGUGUAUCGCGCUGUCUGUGUUGCUGAAUCUGCAACAUAAUUACAACCAUUUCUGACUGAAAGUUGUGUUACCGAAAUCCCUAAUUUGUUCAGGAAAAACAUUCCCUAUUCCCUCAACCCUUGCUCUCUUUACGUGACACAUGUAUGCAUCGCAUGCACGUGACCGAUGGGGCCUGACCUAUAGCAUAUCAUAAUCACAUCAAUAAAUAAAUAACUCUGAACACCUUAACACCUGACAGCAAAAUGGAUGCAGAGGAUGUGACAAACUUGAAACAGGGGAAUGUUUACUGGUUGCUCAGGAGGUAAAGGGGAAGUCAGAUGUGUGGAAUAAAUUUGACUAGUUGUGGAAAAUACUGGAGAUCAAAAGAAGGUAAGGAGCAAGCGCUGCGUGUUUAUCUGUGCCAUACAGGUGCUGUUAGAUUACAAGACGUUUUCUGACCGUUUGGAAACUACUCUAAAUAAAUUAAGUGUACCAGAGUAUGUUGUAACGUUGUUGUUUUUUAAAGCCUUUAUUACAGCAAAGACUAAACAGUCGCAUUCAUUAGUGAAUGCAAUUUCUGAAAUGGAACGGUUUAGGCCUAUUUAUUGUUCACGCAAAUUAUUCAAUGGUUGCUUUAUUUUAAAACUGAAAUGCUUGAUUGCAUUUCAAAUCAUGAAUGACUCCUAUGCUGUGUGAUGACAUGAACAAAUAAAUGAUUGAUUGGUACAGUAGCCUAUAUGUAUUGAUAUAUAGGCCUAAGUAAGUUACGGAAUUAAGACUAAACAGGAUGCUCUCUUAGGCCUACAGCUCGAUGGUGGUUAUACAAGGCUGCUAUACUAAGCCUACUAAUGAAUGACAUUUCUAUUUUGGUUCAGUAUAAUAAGUAAACACAACAUGCAACAAUUUCAAAGAUUUUGCUGAGUUACAGUUCAUAUAAGGAAAUCAGUCAAUUGAAAUAAAUUCAUUAGGCCCUAAUCUAUGGAUUUCACGACUGGUAGCCAGGCCAACCCACUGGGGAGCCAUGCUCAGCCAAUCAGAAUGAGUUUUUCCCCACAAAAGGGCUUUAUUACAUACAGAAAUACUCCUCCUCAGUUUAAUCAACUGUCUGGGUGGCUGAUCUCAGAUGAUCCCGCAGGUGAAUAAGCCGGAUGUGGAUGUCCUGGGCUGGCGUGGUUAAACGUGGUCUGCGGUUGUGAGGCUGGUUGGACGUACUGCCAAAUUCUCUAAAAUGACGGAGGCGGCUUAUAGUAGAGAAAUAAAUAUUAAAUUAUCUGGCAACAGCUCUGGUGGACAUUCCUGCAUGCUCCCUCAACUUGAGACAUCUGUGGCAUUGUGUUUCUGGACAAAACUGCACGUUUCUGAGUGGCCUUUUUUAUUGUCCCCAGCACAAGCUGCACCUGUGUACUGUUCAUGCUGUUUAAUCAGCUUCUUGAUAUGCCACACCUGUCAGGUGGAUGGAUUAUCUUGACAAAGGAUACAAUUCUCACUAACAGGGAUGUAAACAAAUUUGUGCAAAACAUUUGAGAUAAAUACUAUUUUUGUGCUUAUGGUACAUUUCUGGGAUCUUUUUUUCAGAUCAUAAAACAGCACUUUACAUGUUGCGUUUUAUAUUUUUGUUCAGUGUUUUGUAAUGAUGAUCAUAAUGAUAACAAGGCGGACAAGGGAGGGUUAUUAUACUUUUUUUUUUUUUAUUGACAAUUUGGAACAGUGUAAACAACACUAAAUAAAUUAUAAAUAAUACCAGAGAGGCUGGUCUAACGAAAAAAAGUGUAAAGCCUUUAUUACAGAAUAGCAAAGAUUUAGAAACAGCUGAAUUUGUGAAAUUGUUUAUCCGACAUGUUGUGGUUGGCUGAGGCUUCGUGCUCACGGAAUCAGUAGGCUAUUAAACACUCAAACCGAAGCAGGAUCUGUCUUAUUUCUGUAGAUAUGGUGAUUUCUAAAGCCAGGCACAUUUAUCAAUUAAGCUAUUGAUUAUAGACCUAAUUAAGUUGGGUUCUCCUCUCCUCACUUUUCUUAGACAAUUAAGGCAAUGUCUGUUUUCUUGUCUCCUAACUCUGCUGCUGCCUCCGCUGCAUUGUUCUCAACACCAAUAUGCUGGUUAACUUUGCUAUUAUGCACAAAGCAACAUGGUCUAGGAAAAGGCACCAAUUCAACAGCACACUGAUCUGUUUCAGAACCGCGGACAGCGACCACUAUCCAACCCAGGAGAAAGCGCAUUUGGUAUAAAAUUAUUUAUUUGUGUUGCAGCAUUGUUCUUACAUAAUAUGACCAUAUAGAAUUUCAGUAGCAAUUGUCUUAGACUGAUGGACUGUGCCAUCCCCACCACCUCCACAGUGGAUCAGUCCACUAAGACAGGCGUUAAUCAGAUGGGUGUCUUGUACACCGUGAUUUUUGUAUUUAUUUUUUGCUACUGCUCGACUAAAGAAAUCUCGUCGACCAACAGCCAAUCGACCCAAACAAUCAACCAGUCGAUGAAAUGGGGUCAGCCCUAAUUCAGACCCAUAUAACCAUUCAAUCUUCGUGAAGUGAUACCCGACUGCAUCUUAUUCUAGUCCUAUAUUAUUCAAGGAUGUCAUUACAAUGAUGAAGAUAAGGACAAUUAAAUGUAUGUACAGUUUAAGUCGGAAGUUUACAUACACUUAGGUUGGAGUCAUUAAAACUUGUUUUUCAACCAUUCCACAAAUUUCUUGUUAACAAACUAUAGUUUUGGCAAGUCUGUUAGGACAUCUACUUUACUUUGUGCAUGACACAAGUAAUUUUCCAACAAUUGUUUACAGACAUAUUAUUUUACUUAUAAUUCACUAUCACAAUUCCAGUGGUUCAGAAGUUGACUGUGCCUUUAAACAGCUUGGAAAAUUCCAGAAAAUGAUGUCAUGGCUUUAGAAGCUUCUGAUAAGCUAAUUGACUCAAAUGAUGUCAAUUGGAGGUGUACCUGUGGAUGUAUUUCAAGGCCAACCUUCAAAAUCAGUGCCUCUGCUUGACAUCAUGGGAAAAUCAAAAGAAAUCAGCCAAGACCUCAGAAAAAAAAAUUGUAGACCUCCACAAGUCUGGUUCAUCCUUGGGAGCAAUUUCCAAACGCCGGAAGGUACCACGUUCAUCUGUACAAACAAUAGUACGCAAGUAUAAACACCAUGGGACCACGCAGCCAUCAUACUUCUCAGGAAGGAGACACGUUCUGUCUCCUGGAGAUGAACGUACUUUGGUGCGAAAAGUGGGUUCGAUUAGCCAGUAUGAAAAAUGUAUGCGCUCACUAAUUGUAAGUCGCUCUGGAUAAGAGCGUCUGCUAAAUGACAAAAAAAAUGUCAAAUCAAUCCCAGAACAACAGCAAAGGACCUUGUGAAGAUGCUGGAGGAAACCGGUACAAAAGUAUCUAUAUCCACAGUAAAACGAGUCCUAUAUCGACAUAAGCUGAAAGGCCGCUCAGCAAGGAAGAAGCCACUUCUCCAAAACAGCCAUAAAAAAGCCAGACUACAGUUUGCAACUGCACAUGGGGACAAAGAUCGUACUUUUUGGAGAAAUGUCCUCUGGUCUGAUGAAACAAAAAUAGAACUGUUUGGCCAUAAUGACCAUCAUUAUGUUUGGAGGAAAAAAGGGGAUGCUUGCAAGCCGAAGAACACCAUCCCAACCGUGAAGCACGGGGGUGGCAGCAUCAUGCUGUGCAAUUUUAAAGGCAAUGCUACCAAAUACUAAUUGAGUGUAUGUAAACGUCUGACCCACUGGGAAUGUGAUGAAAGAAACAAAAAGCUUAAAGAAAUCAUUCUCUCUAUAAUUCUGACAUUUCACAUUUCUUAAAAUAAAGUGGUGAUCCUAACUGACCUAAAACAGGGCAUUUUUACUAGGAUUAAAUGUCAGGAACUGUGAAAAACUGAGUAAAUGUAUUUGGCUAAGGUGUAUGUAAACUUCCGACUUAAACUGUACCUUUUAACUGUUGAAAGCGAUGAAGGAAGCAAGGAACGGAGAGAGAAAGAGGUGGCUAUAAUACACACCUCGCACCACAUUAGAGGAAAUAUUAUGAAAGGUAUACCUAUAUAUGCUUCAACCUACUAAUUACAGUACCAGUCAAAAGUUUGGACACCUACUCAUUCAAGGGUUUUUCUUUAUUUUUACUAUUUUCUACAUUGUAGAAUAAUAGUGAAGACAUCAAAACUAUGAAAUAACACACAUGGAAUAAUGUAGUAACCAAACCAUUUCUUUUUAUAUUUGAGGUUCUUCAAAUAGCCACCAUUUUGUCUUUGACAGCUUUGCACACUCUUGGCAUUCUCUCAACCAGCUUCAUGAGGAAUGUUUUUCCAGCAGUCUUGAAGGAGUUCCCACAUGCUGAGCACUUGUUGGCUGCUUUUUCUUUACUCUGUGGUCCAACUCAUCCUAAACCAUCUCAAUUGGGUUGAAGUCAGGUGAUUGUGGAGGCCAGGUCAUCUGAUGCAGUACUCCAUCACUCCAAAAACUCACUCCAGUACUCCAAAUGAUAGUCCCAUUAACUGCAAACCAGAUGGGAUGACAUAUCGCUGCAGAAUGCUGUGGUAGCCAUGCUGGUUAAGUGUGCCUUGAUUUCUAAAUAAAUCAGUGUCACCAGCAAAGCACCCCCACACCAUCACGCCGCCUCCUCCAUGCUUCACGGUGGGAACUACACAUGCAGAGAUAAUCCGUUGAACUACUCUGCAUCUCACAAAGACACAGAGGUUGGAACCAAAAAUCUCCAAUUUGGACUCGUCAGACCAAAGGACAUAUUUCCACCAGUCUAAUGUCCAUUGCUCGUGUUUCUUGGCCCAAGUAAGUCUCUUCUUAUUAUUGGUGUCCUUUAGUAGUGGUUUCUUUGCAGCAAUUUGACCAUGAAGGCCUGAUUCACGCAGUCUGCUCUGAACAGUUGAUGUUGAGAUAUGUCUGUUACUUGAACUCUGUGAAGCAUUUAUUUGAGCUGCAACUGAUCUUCAUGUCUUAAAGUAAUGAUGGACUGUCUUUUCUCUUUGCUUAUUUGAGAUGUUCUUGCCAUAAUAUGGACUUGGUCUUUUACCAAAUAAGGCUAUUUUCUGUAUACCACCCCUACCUUGUCACAACACAACUGAUUGGCUCAAACGCAUUAAGAAGGAAAGAAAUUCCACAAAUUAACUUUGAACCAGGCACACCUGUUAAUUGAAAUGCAUUCCAGGUGACUACCUCAUGAAGCUGGGUGAGAGAAUGCCAAGAGCGUGCAAAGCUGUCAUCAAGGCAAAGGGUGGCUCAAAAAAUGUUUUGAUUUGGUUACAGCAUUAUUCCAUAUGUGUUAUUUCAUAUUUUUGAUGUCUUCACUAUUAUUCUACAAUGUAGAAAAUAGUAAAAUUAAGAACCCCUUGAAUGAGUAGGUGUGUCCAAACUUUUGACUGGUACUGUAUACAAAUUUAAAAUCAAUUUCACUAGCCUAUAAUUGUAACUUUGUAGGCCACAUCACAUGUUCUCCCCCAGUUUGAACGAGAUACGUAAUUCCAGUCCAUAUAAUACAGUACAGUAAUGCAGUCCACAGUCAAAGAUUAGCCUACUGGCACUUGUUUAAUUUAUUCAUUCAAGAGAGCAUGGCUACAACUAUGUGCUUUUAUGUUUUUCUGUCGUGCGUAGGCUUAUGUAUGGUAGGCUACGUAUUGGAUAACAGCACAAUCAUAUGGGCUUUUUUGGACUUGGGCUCAUAAAAUGUUUAAAUACAUGAUGGAGCUCUACAUUAAUGUAUGGCUCAUCAGGCUCAGGUAGCAUCAGACUUGAAUUUUCAUGCUGAUCAAAGCUCUAAUCAAAUCCAGACAUAUUUAUAUGGUUUAUAUACUUUAGAAUGACACUUCCGGUUUUGGCAGGAAAUACCUCUUUACCCGGGAGUAAAGUGAUUUAUUCUCGGAAUGGAACAUUUUUGUGAAAUACCAGGAAAAUAUUCAACCCUACUGCAGAAACUCUUGUAACUGUCAGGUUGACUAAAUGUUACCACAUGAGAUUGCAGCUUUGGCCUUUACAUAUGCCUUGUUAAUUAUAAAACACAGUCCACAGUUGAUUUUGUUCAGCCUCAUUGUCUUGGCUUCACCUCAAAUCAUGUUCAAAUACUGUCAGGUUGUUAUUUAAAUUCCUGUGCUAUAGAAAAGAUGAAAUAUGACAUGGGAGAGCCUCUGGAACUUUAGUUAUUAGUUGAGAAACAACAGAGACAGGGCCUCUUUAGAUCAGAGCAGUCCUCCGAUGACUUGGGAGGUGGAAGGAUGGAAUCAUUGUGCAGGUGGUAAUAGAAAAUAAGGGAGAGUGAGUGAGAGAGCGAGAGAGAGAGAGAGCACACUGCUGGUCAAGUCUACGCCACGGCUCUGCUCUGUUUCCCCUGACCCCAGCACUUCUCCUCCCAGCCAGCUGUAUUCCUACAGGAGGAGGAGUAGCAGGGGCCUCUCUGUACACUACCUGCUGUUAUUUAGCCAACAGUCACUUUCUCACUUUACCUGAUGGAAGUGCUUUACCUAUCACAUGUGUUCCAUACAGGCCCAGGACCUGUAUGAUGGUACUGUAGGCUACAAACACAAAUAGUUUAGCAGCAGUGAUGUGUUUCCAUUAGGUAAUGUACUUUUAUGAUCCAGCAGUUGUGUGAAGGUUCGAGAGAGACGUAGGGAGACCGAGGGAUCCCACUGCAGUACAGACAGCCAGGCAGGCAGGCACUCCGUCCACAGAGUACCAAUACAUAAAUUAUUCAGAGCAUUUCCCCUGUCAUCCCCCUCCACUCCGCAGGCUCAACUCGACCUCAUUGUCCUCAUCACUCUUCUAUAGAGCAGUCCGAUCGAUACGGUGACCGCUCCACAAAGUUCUUAGAGUAGAUUGUGAGUGCGUCCCAAAUUGCACCCUAUUCCCUAUAUAGGGAAUAGGAUGCAUCCCAAAUGGCACCCUAUGUUAAACUUCAAUGACGAUGUAGUCAAAUUGCCUUUUUAGGCAUCAUCUGGUCUAAGGACAAAUAAAUAAAACAAUUUGUAGCAUAGUAUCUUUAUUAUCCAGUUCUCAGAAAACAGAAGGGAUGAAAGUGAGGGAAGAAUAAGAGAUGUUGCCUUAACAAACAUACCUGACAGAUCGAGAAAGGGAGGGAGAGAGCAUCUCCUUGUCUAGUAGAAUACGGAGUGUAGCGGAUGCUAUCGUGUGUUAUAUCAACAGGACAAUAACCUCUCUUGUUCAAUAACCCCACACAUGCCCUGCAUUGUCUAUCCUUUCAGACUACUUGAAAACAAAGAGUCAUUGAUUGCCCCUUCAUCUCUCCAUCCUUUCCCUCCACUCUCUCUCCCUCCCCUCUAUGUAAUCUCUCUAACAGGUGGCUGUGAAGAACAACAUUGACGUCUUCUACUUCAGCUGCCAAUACCCCAUCAGCAUGCUGUUUGUGGAAGAUGGAAAGAUGGGUGAGUGUGCCUGAAUAGACUACUCAGUGAAUCAUCGUGUUGCUGUCUCCUUUCAAUAUCCUCAAACCAGGUCGACGGCAGCUCCUGACCAUUCCGUCAAUCUCAGGAGAGCCUUUUGUGUAUGUGUUUUCUGCACACUUAACUAUCUAGUCAUGCAUUUGCUCUCAGAUCACACAUCUGUGAUGUUGGGUUUAAUUUUCCCUGUUGUUCUGUUCCUACUCUGGUUGACUCAAUCUGGGUGAAUGUGGUGGUGUCUGUCCCCCUGUGGAGGCUCCAGAUGGGGCGAGCAGUAGGAACGCUGCUGGAGGCUGGGAGCUAAUGCUCCGGAUCCUAAAAGCACAGCAGGAACGGCACUGUUCAGCACAACCACAAACUGUUUACCUUUCAUUUGUUUCUUAUUUCCGUUUGCUUUCUCGUCCUGUCUCCCUCACAUUCUGCUCUCUCUCCAUCUUUCUUUUUUCCUCAUUCCUUCCCAUUCCUUCCCACAAUCUUAACUCGUCUUUGUAUCUCUCCCAAGAGCGACAGGUGUUCCUGGCCACAUGGAAAGACAUUCCUAACGACAACGAGUCUCAGUUCCAGAUCAAAGACUGUCAUCUCAACUCAGGUGAGACAGACCGAGACAAAAGGCAUUGGAGGGAUAAGAGCAGAGGAGAGCGGAGGAGAAUGUGCACCAGCUACUUUAUGUGUUAAGACAGCUUGCCAUGUAACCUGAGAUGUGGAGCUGUGGAAACAGACUUGAGCUCUGACAGGGCGUGUUUCUAUCUGCAGUGCCUUCAGAAAGUAUUCAUACCACUUGACUUAUUCCACAUUGUGUUGUGUUACAGCCUGACUUCAAAAUUGAUUAAAUAGAUGUUUUUUCUCACCCAUCUAUUCACAAUACCCCAUAAUGACAAAGUGAACACAUGUUUUUAAAGAUGUUUUCAAAUGUAUUGAAAAUGAACUACAAAAACAUAUAAUGUACAUAAGUAUUCACACCCCUGAGUCAAUAUAUAUUCAAAUAAUCUUUGGCAGCGAUUACAGCUGUAAGUCUAAGAGCUGUGCACACCUGGAUUGUUCAAUAUUUGCCCAUUAUGCUUUUUUAAAUUCAAGAACUGUCAAGUUGGUUGCUGAUCAUUGCUUGACAGACAUUUUCAAGUCUUACCAUAGAUUUCCAAGAUGAUUUUAAGUCAACUGUAACUAUGCCACUCAGGAACAUUCAAUGUUGUCUUGAUAAGCAACUCCAGUGUAUAUUUGGUUUUGUAUUUUAGGUUGUUUUGCUGAAAGGUGAAUUUGACUCCCAGUGUCUGUUGGAAAGCAGACUGAACCAGGUUUUCUUCUAGGAUUUUGCCUGUGCUUAGCUCUAUUCCGUUUAUUUUAUCCUAAAGAAAAACUCCCUAGUACUUGCUGAUGACCAGCAUACCCAUAACAUGAUGCAGCCACCACCAUGCUUGAAAAUAUGAAGUGGUACUCUGAUGUGUUGUGUUGGAUUUGCCCCAAACGCUUUGUGCUCGGGACAUAAAGUUAAUUUCUUUGUCACAUUUCUUGCAGUUUUACUUUAGUGCCUUAUUACAGGAUGCAAGUUUAGGAAUAUUUUUAAUUCUGUACAGGCUUCUUUCUUUUCAUUCUUGUUACUCCACAAUACUAAUCUAAAUAACAAUGUUGAUGAUCCAUCCUUAGUUUUCACCUAUCACAGCCAUUAAACUCUAACCAUUGGCCUCAUGGUGAAAUCCCUGAGCGCUUUCCUUCCUCUCCAACAACUGAGUUAGGAAGGACACCUGUAUUUUUGUAGUGACUGGGUGUAUUGAUACACCAUCCAAAGUGUAAUUAAUAACUUCACCAUGCUCAAAGGGAUAUUCAAUAUAUGUGUGUUUAUUUUUACCCAUCUACCAAUAGGUGCCCUUCUUUGCGAUCGACUGAGGGACCAUACAGAUAAUUCUAUGUGUUGGGUACAGAGUUGGGGUAGUCAUUCAAAAAUCAUGUUAAACACUAUUUCACACAGUGAGAGUCCAUGCAACUUAUUAUGUGCCUUAUGUGACUUAUUAUGUGACUUAUUUAGGCUUGCCAUAACAAAGGGGUUGAAUAUUUAAUGACUCAAGACAUUUCAGCUUUUCAUUUUUAAUGGAUUUGUAAAAAAUUCAAAAAACCUAAUUCCACUUUGACAUCAUGGGGUAUUGUGUGUGUUGUCCAGUGACACAAUCUCAAAUUAAUCCAUUUUAAAUUCAGGCAGUAACAGCAAAAUGUGGAAAAGUCAAGGAAUGUGAAUACUUUCUGACGGCACUGUAUCUAAUGGAUAUAUUUAGUUAGAUGACUCAUGGCCUGCUGGCCUUAUUUACAUGUGAUAAACUGGUUUUACACGAACAUGAAAACCGCCAGGUAUGAGCUAAAUGACGGCUUAUAGUAUAUUACCCUGAAUAGAUUGAAUUUCCUUUUAAGGUGAAAAUGUAUGAUUGAGACGUUACUGUAGCGUGACAGUGAGACACACGCACCGUGGGCAAGUUAAUUAAGGAGUAUAUAUUUGCCAUGCAGGUAGUUUAAACAGUCACUGUCAUUGAAAAUGUAGUUACCAUUUUGAAUGCAAGAGCAAGGGCUUAGACUGGCAAAGUUUCAUCUGUGCUCUCUGCAGAUGAGUAAAAGUCACAGACCAUGAAAAGAGAAUUGUGUUUCAGAAAGAGCCAAUUCUGAGAGAAAUAGAGCUAGGACGGUUAUAGAAAGAGUAAGAACUGAGAAGGGAAAGGACCCAGACCUUGGUCUACUACCUGCCUUCCCAGAGCCGAUGAUUAAUGACAGCAGCCUGGUUUCAUUAUGGUCCUGAUUGCAAUGCCGUCCCCAAGCCCCUUCCCAUUAAAGCUGAACAGUAAUAUGGCUUAAGGUCCAGGUCCAGCUCUCUACAUGGAGGCAUUUUAGAUGGAGCCAUCAUAUUGCUCCAGUCUGAUCCCCUCAGUAGACUGCUUGUAACACAAGCCUACCAACACCCCGAGGCUAGUUAUCAACCUUUGUUAAAAAAAAAAAUGGAUGCACUCACUAGCUGUAAGUCGCUCUGGAUAAGAGCGUCUGCUAAAUGACUAAAAUGUAAAUGUAAAACACUGUUUCCAGAUGAUAUGCAGAUGGAGAUUAACCAUUGUUUGCCUGGGAGUUUUAAAAUGUUAACUGUAUUUCAAGCAUAUUUCAAGUCUAAGAAGUGACAAGGGCUAUUCUCUUGUCCCCCUAAACAGAUGCAGCCAGCAACAAGCUGCAGGGCAGUAACAUCUUCACCAUAGCCAAGCGCACGGUGGAGGGCCAGGACAUGCUCUACAUGUCCAUCAAACUGUCCAACGGCAUCUGGGUGCUGGCUGAGCUGAAGGUGCAGGCUGGAAACCCCAACUACACAGUGAGUACAGGGACAAGGGAGGGACAGAGAACAACAUUACUAAUGGAAAGAGAAAUCUAUGAAAAAGAGGAGUGGGUAGUGUUGUAGUUUUACCAAGCUACUAAAGCUACCCUUAAGAAUAAUAUAGUUCACUUAACUAAAGUUACUUUAAAAAAGUAGUUAACUACAUCCAACUACUUUGUGAUAAAUUAUCAUAUCUAAAUCUGAAAUGUCAGACUACAAAUUGCAAGAACCGAUCACUCUGGAGUCAGAUGUUAACAGAAUGUGUAAUUUAGCCUAUUACACACAAACUAUGUUUCAUGUGAGAAUUAGGCAGGUCUGAUGCCAAACAAGAAAGGAAUUCUUCCAUACUUCACCUAGAUUUAAUUUUUUUGUGCACAGAGAAUGUAGUGUGGUUCUGGUAGGGAGCUACACCGCUACAUAGCAAAAAAGUAAUUAACUACUGAAAACACUACCAAGAUUUGAAUUUAGUUCAACUACCACCAAGCUACUGCAAAAUGUAUUUAAAUAACAUAACAUUUACAUUUUAGUAAUUUAGCACAUGCUCUUAUCCAGAGCAACUUACAGUAGUGAGUGCAUACAUUUUCAUACUUUUCCAUACUGGUCUCCCAUUGGGCCUAUAUGUAGUUCACUACUCCUGAACACUGGGAGUGAAUACGAAUAACUUCAGUGACAGCAGAGGGAGGGGAGAUUGAUACAGAGGGAAUGGGGAUGAGAAAAGGAAACCGAUCAACAGGGUGUAUGAGUAACAAUGAAUGAAAAAAGGUAGAGUAGAAUGGAAGAUGCAGGAAGAUGUGAGUUGAACUUGAGUUGAGGGUAAAGACAUGGACUAAUGAGAAGAAGGGUGGAGAAGUGAAGUGUGAUGCGGAGAUAAUGAUUGCUAGCAGUGUGACUGGAGCACAUAUGAGUGUAUGUUUAUGGUUGGUGAGUCAUCAUUACCACCUCUGUUCUUCAAUAAGUCUAUGCUAGGUCUAUUUCUCCUGAGGAGUAUGUUUCUGUAGUGAUGGAUGUGUGUGUCAUAUACCGUUGUCUGCUCACUUGUUUUAAUAGCUGUAGCCCAGACCAUUGUGCCUGACUAGUCCAUAACAGUGACCUUGACGUGACUCCUCAGCCCAUCUCAUUAGUCAGUGUGCUUUAGCAUCAUGUUUUUCAUGAGGAGAAAUUGUUUACUGUCUUUUUGUAUCCCCAGUCCAGAUGAAUCAGUUCAUGUCUGUCAAUCUGUCUUAGUCCAUCUGUCUCAAAUGUAGCAUUUUUUAUUGAAAUCCUCCACAGUUCAUUAUUGGGGAAUCCAACUUGACUCAUUGGUCAGUGGUUUAAGCCUCUGGAUUUGUCUAUUUUGGUGUUUUAUUUUCAUUCAGGAGAUACCAGGCUUUUCAGUCAGACAUGAAAUGACUCAAGUGAGGUGUUUGAUCAAUCCCUGGUUAUUUGUCUUGGUCUGUUAUCAUGUCUGUUAUAAUUUUUGUUGUGUGUUUUGCCCUUUUGAUUUAGUCUGUUUUAAUUUUUCUGCCUCCAUUUGUGCUGUUCCUCAUUUUGUCCAGGAUUUGGAGUUUUUCUAUUUUUUUUUUUUUUCAUGUCUAUCACUCAGCCUGAACUAUCUGGAUUCACCCUCUUUCUGUCAGUUGCCUUCUCUUCUUCCAGCUGUCUGUGUGUCUUUCCUCUGGUCUGUCUCGGUCCACUGGGCUGGGGCCCAAAAGGCUCUUCCUCCUUACAAAUGGUCACCAUCAGAAGCUCUGUAUCCAACACUAAUGAUGCUAACAUCUGUCUGUGUGCAGCAUGCAUGCUCUCUCUCCUCUCUGUGCUGCGUGGAUCUGAUGCCCUCCUCGUACGAUACGUGAAAGUCAACCUGACGCACCCUUGUGUUGAGCAGCUAUUUUUAGCCUGAGAAAAGAACACUUUUGAUUUUACUCAGCCUGUGGGAAGAUUCCACAGCUUCCUUUAGAAAGGCAGUAAAGCUAAGAGCUAUGCCUGGGAUCAUUAUGGUGAUGAUGACCGUAACUCUAUACUAACUGGGUCUACUCUAACCUAAUGUUGCUCAGCCCAAGGCUCCUCCAUCACCCUACCUAAUUGGUCCCAGGUACUUAGCGCUACCUUCUUGAAGUGGCGCGGAGGACCCUAGCCUCCCGUCCCCUGUCCCCAUGGCAAUGGAAUGACCAAUGGCAGAGUGGCUAAUUGCAGGGGUGUGGGAGAAUGCUGCUCUGGCACAGCCACCAUACACACACCUUCUAUUUACUCAUCUUUCAUCUCUCCUUUCUUCUUCCUCCACUCUUCUCUCACUCUCUGGUCCACUUAUAUGGUGCAGCAAUCUGAGCAUCUUUACGUUUUCCUACUUCUCCUGCACACCUCCAACCGUUCUCCAUCCACUACCCACCUGCAAUGUUUCUACCAAUCCCUAUUUCCCAAUGCUAAUUCUCAUAUUGACUCAAAUAGGCAAAUUAUUCAGCAGCAUUUACAAAGCCUUAAGCAGAAUGCCUACACACCAUGUAACCUCACUGAUCAGAGCUUUUCUACAAGCUGUCUUAAUAAGCUGAUCCAAACACCAGCCAGCAUAGCCUCGUUUCCUCCAGCCCAGCCCCAUGCUGACAGCAGAGUGUGUGUGUGUGUGUUUCUGACUAAUCACACCAGCAGCACUAUGUAUUAGUAAAGAGCCAGCAGUACGCAGAGGCAGCCCUGGAGGGAGGAGUUGUGCAGUGGUCCCACUGGUCUAGAGCAGAGCUGUGGAAUGUACCAACAUAGUGCUGGGGGAACCUCCAUCGCCAUGGCACAUCAGUGUGAUCUCCUGUCCCAUUGGUCAGAGAAGGACCUGGUCUGAGCCCCUGUCUGAUGGGACUUCAAAUGCCUCUGGCCAUUUAAUGACAACUCUUUAGAUCACCACACAAUCCCUGACACCUCAAACACACAGCUACGGUAGUACUGCAUCAAACACUUGAUUACAGUACUGCCAGCAUGUGCUCCCUUUCAAAACACUGCGCUGGGAAUAUUCGUUUUUCCUGUGUGAGCUCUGAUGAAAAAAGCCUCCCAUAACUGUAUUAGAUCCUGCAGCAACACUCACUAAACUUCACAAGCAGAAGGGGUGGGAGAAAAGAGGGGAUGGGGGGAGAGCGAAUGAGGGACCUUUUUUUUUCUUUUUCCGCUCCAAGCUUAUAAGAUGGAAUAAAAGGCAGCAUUUAUAAUGCUAAUGAAUUCUCCCCUGCAAAUAAAAUGAAAUGCCUCUGCUAAAAUGGUGGGAGUAAGUGAUUCACCCCUUUCUCCUCUUCCACAUGAGUAGGUGAAGCUGCUGAAAUUAUUACAGUGCUUAUUAAACAGACCAUGCUUAAAGUCCUGCCAUUACAGUUGCAAUGCACUAGCUGACUAGACUAGCAUAUCAAAAGGCGCUUUUCUUGAAGGUAUGAAAGAGUGGCCUGGCGCAUUAGCCUUUAUCCCAUCCAUACAGCUUUCAUCAUCCCUGAAAAGGCUCUCGCUGUUAAAAGGAUGUUCGGUCGCAUAAUGACCAGGAAAAGUGACUGUUUUAGUUUACUCCACUAUAGUUAAUCUCAAAGCACUUGAAUCUUGAGAGAAAGACGAGGGCAGCAGUGGCUCCACCAGGAUGUUGAUGAUUGCUGAUGAUGAAGAAAUGAUCCAAUGAUUAGCUGUUUUUGGUUGGUUUAGUUAUUAGAUAGAACAUGUAUAUUGUUGACUGCGUAACAUGUUUCUACCUGUUGUUUGCUCUCUAGCAUGUCAAACUGUUUGCUUUGGAUGAAUAUCUGAACUAGUCUUAUUGACUAUAGGUCCUCUCAACACGUAACACCUGGCUAACAGAAACAGACUAGCAUGUCCUUGACCAGCCAGACCCUGUAGUAACUGUCUGUCUGUCUCUUCUCUCCUCAGAUCUCUCUGAAGUGCAGAGCCCCAGAGGUGUCCCAGUGUGUGUUCCAGUGCUACGAGGCAGUGCUGAAGAAUUGA